CGGCGUCCAGAUGCGGUCGGGGUGGAGCAGGGCUCGCACCGCCGCUGAGAAGCGCAGUCGGAGCCGGCGAGAAGCGCAGGGAGCAAGACGGCCGGGACACGCGGCCCCGGUUUUCUCCGGGCGUCCGGACGCCGGAUCACGGCAAAAUGAAGGAUCGGCUCGCAGAGCUUCUGGAGUUGUCUAGGAGCUAUGACCAGCAAUUCCCAGACGGGGGCGAUGACUUUGACGCUCCCCACGAGGACAUCGUGUUCGAGACCGACCACAUCCUGAAGUCCUUGUACGGGGUCAUCCAGGACAUCCAGGAUGAAAACCAACUGCUGAUGGUGGACGUGAAGCGCCUGGGGAGGCAGAACGUCCGCUUCCUCACGUCCAUGCGACGCCUCAGCAGCAUCAAGCGAGACACCAACUCCAUCGCCAAGGCCAUUAAGACCCGGGGCGAGGGCAUCCACCAGAAGCUUCGCUCCAUGAAGGAGCUGAGCGAGCAGGCAGAGGCCCGGCACGGCUCGCAAUCGGCGGUGGCACGCAUCUCGCAAGCGCAAUACAGCGCGCUGGCCCGCGCCUUCCAGCAGGCCAUGUACGAGUACAACCAGGCUGAGAUGAAACAGCGCGACAACUGCAAGAUCCGCAUCCAGCGGCAGCUGGAGAUCAUGGGCAAGGACGUGUCGGGCGAGCAGAUCGAGGACAUGUUCGAACAGGGCAAGUGGGACGUGUUCUCAGAGAACCUGCUGGCCGAUGUGAAGGGCGCGCGGGCUGCGCUCAACGAGAUCGAGAGCCGCCACCGCGAGCUGCUGCGGCUGGAGGGUCGCAUCCGCGACGUGCACGAGCUCUUCCUGCAGAUGGCUGUGCUGGUGGAGAAGCAGGCGGACACGCUGAAUGUCAUCGAGCUCAACGUGCAGAAGACCCUCGACUACACGGGCGAGGCCAAGGCGCAGGUGCGCAAGGCGGUGCAGUACAAGAAGAAGAACCCCUGCAGGACCAUCUGCUGCUUCUGCUGCCCCUGCGUCAACUAGCAGCUGGUUUGGACCUUCACCACCUGUGCCCUGAGGGAAAUGUGUUCAGGAUGCCAGCCAAAGGCAUCCCGCACUGGGCCAAUGGAGAGGGUCCCAAUGCCUGCAGAAUUCAGAGCAUAAAGAAAGAACGUUGGGGUCAGGAGGCAAGAUUUGGGAUCUGGCACUUGCCUAGAAAGAUGGUUGUUAGUUAGCAUCCUAUGGUUCGUUAAUGCAGGCAGAUUACCAAUGGAGUUGUGUGGCGUCAUUAUAAGAUACCUAGCACUCAGCAUCACAGGGAGGCGCUAAUGCCGUUACUAAGGUCAAUUUCAUGAAGACUAAAAGAGGAAGUCCAAUUACUAUAUACAUAAUAGUAUGAGCACAUUGUCAAAAUUCGUCUUCGUUUAUCUUCUCUGGAAAGUUCCUUGGUGCUAUUCGAUUUUGAGUGACAUUCACUUGAGUAUUUCUUAGUUCAAUUUCGAGUAGCAUUGACCUGUGGAAAACUGGAUUUCAUUCACUUCUGAUUAUUUAUUUAUUUUGUGUGAGCCUUGCCUAUGUGGAAACCUUCCCUCGGUUCUCUUCUGCCACUUAUUAAACCACACCGAACAUACACGGUUUCCUUAUUUCUCACACCUUCUGUACCUCCCGCCAGAAUAUAUAUGCACAUACACGCACGUCCAUAUAUUUGUAUAUAUUCAUAUAUAUGAAUAAUUUUUGAAAUAUUUUAAGCACCAAAUAUUGAACAAUCACUCAAAUCGAACUUUUUUAUCACUCACGUUUUAUAUUUUUCCACAGAUAACAUUUAUUUAAAAUUUAUCUUUGUACUGAAUUUCAUACGAUAUAUGUUUAUAUUGUAAACUAAUAUCCACUCAUUUUUGUACAUAAUGGCCAGCUGGAUUAACUUUGCUUUGGGAAAUUCUGUAUUUAAAUAAUAAGAACACUGUUUGGUCAGUGCCAAGUAUCGCUUUGACUGUCGUGAGUGUAUUUCAUCCCCGACUGCAUGGCCCACCGUGGGUCAGACUUUAUUUUGAACAACUGUAUGCUGCCAUUCGUGCAGAUAAGUGGGAAAAACAUGCGACACUAUCAGAGGUACUAAAAUGACGUUCUUGGGAAUAAUAAUUCAUCUUACUAUGAACCUUUCCUUGCAUGUGUUAAAGCAGAGAGCCUUAAAGUGAAACAUUUUUUUCAAAUAAGCGUAGUCCACAUGACACUAUAGCUAUCUUUUUUCUAUAUUUACAUCAUGACCUAUUGAAGAUAACUUAUUUUUUUUCAACUAUUUUUUAAAUUAUGGUUAACCCCCCCCCCCAAACCCCACUCCCUACCCCACCGCCGCUAACUACAGUGUGUGCAUGGAACUCUCAACAAACGCAUUUCCGUCAGGGCGCUCCGAGUUAACAGUAGUUUUACACUCAACUAGGUGGUGAAACUUUUUCAGGUUUUAGAGAUUUGCUUUCACUUCAAAACUCGGAGGUGACAUUCCAGACCAUGAUCACACAUCCCUCCCGUAUGUCUUCUGAACCGACUCUGAGUGCCUCUUACACAUUCUUAAAUACAGGAGUGAUUUUAGUUGGGAGUUGUCUAUCUUGAGCUCUAAGGAGGAAGACAGUUUUAUUUUUACUUGUUUGUUUGUUUUCAAGACAGGGUUUCUCUGUGUAACAACCCUGGCUGACCUUGAACGUGCUUUGAUACCAGGCUGACCUUGAACUCACAAAGAUCCUCCUGCCUCUGCCUCCUGAGUGCAGGGAGUAAAGGCAGGUGCCACCACUACCCAACAAAGGUAAAGUUUUAAAAGAGAAAAGGAGCAGGAGCGCUUUGGGGCUUGCUGGUCUAUGAGCAAGAAAAACUAGCCCUGUGAGUAAUUUCACUUUGAUAGUUCAGUAUGAGAACCAUACAAUCUGAGCCCCACCUGGUUCUUCUUAAACUUGCCCAGUUUCUUUAUCACUACUGGGAUGUUCCCUUUCUCUAACGAAGAGGGGGAAGUGUCCACAUGGGCCCAAGGCCCGAGUUUUUAUUGUAGAGAAAAGAGUCUGUCUAUAGAGACUAGCUAUUCUUUGCAAGAAGGAACAGUCCAUAAAUUUAACUUGUUUGAACUCUGAAAGAACUUUCUUUCUUUCUCUCUUUCUCCCUUCCUUCCUUCUGUCCUUCCCUUUUUCCUUCUCUUUCUCCCAUUUUUAGAACCAUUAUGCAAGUAAAUAACUUUCUGUGUCUGCAUAAUUUUUUUUCUGAGACAGAGUCUCACUCUAUAGUCCCAGCUGGCUUGGUACUCACUAUGUAGGCCAGGCUGGUCUUAAACUCACAGAAAUAUCUUCCUGCCUCUGCCUCCUGAGUGCUGAGAAUAAAGUAAUGUUCCACUGAACCUGGGUAGAGCACUUUUUUCCUAAUUAAUCCUAAUGAUAAAGCAGUUUUCACCGUGAUAACUAUUCUAAUCCUGUUUUCUUCUAGUCGACUGUGCUGUUCCGUUCCGUUCUGGUAUUCUAUUCUAUUCUGAUGGAUCUGUUCCAUCCUAAUCUAUUCUAAUGGCUCUAUUCCAUUCUCUUCUUCUCCUAUUUCAAUAUAUUCUAUCCCAUCCCGACAGAUCUGUUCCAUUUCAUUCUACUUCUAUUCUAUCCUAAUCAUAUCCACAAGAAAUCAGUUAAACACGGUUUGGCAAGGACUUGUCCCUGGGGUUCUUCCCAACACAUGAGUCAUAGACUCCAUGAGGAGCUCUCUGGAAAGAGAUCAAGGCUGGAGCACAGACCUCAGAGGAAGACAUCAGUUACCUCUCCCAUAUCCUCCAUAACACCCCCAGGCUGCCCAGGAACUGUCAGUGAAAUGCCAGCUUUGCCUUUGGAAAGGGUGCUCAGUCCCUGAGAGAUGCUACGGGGUUAGUUCCUCCCCCUUGAUAUUCACUUGGCAGACUCUGAAAGGUGACACUGAACAAGACCUUACGGUGAUGCUACAAACUUCAAACACUAGUGCCAUGUUGUG